UUUGUGUUUUGUUUUUUUGUUUUUUCUCCCUCCGCAAAGACGCAGACGCGACAAAAUCCAAAAUCUUUGUCGUUUGUAUCUUCUGCUUUAGGUAAAAAAUAACUCGUCACACCUACAGUUACUGUGGACACACACAGUCAUACAGGUUAUACAAAGCAGUCUGGGUCAACAGAGUCGUUGUAUAUGGAGGUAGAGGAGAUGGAAGAUGAAGGUCCUUCGUCCCAGAGUGAACUUCCACACAGUGAAGAAUUCCAGUUGCCGCAACAGGAAUCACCACAUCUGGGGAGCUCAGACCCCGUAGAGAAUGUGUUGGUGGAUAAGAAAGCAGUGGACAAACUCACAGAAGGAUUACUCUCUCACUACCUACCAGAUCUACAGAACUCUAAACGAGCCCUCCAAGAGCUCACACAAAAUCAGCUGGUAUUGUUAGACACACUGGACCAAGAAGUCACCAAGUUCAGAGAAUGUAAUACCUUACUGGACCUCAAUUCACUGUUUACAGAAGCGAAGGUUUAUCACAACAAACUGGUGAACAUAAGGAAAGAGAUGAUUAUGCUCCAUGAAAAGACAACUAAACUAAAGAAAAGAGCUUUGAAGCUGCAGCAACAGAAGCAGAAGGAGGCGCUGGAGAAGGAACAGAAACGAGAGAAGGAGCUCGAGAGAGAAAGGCAGCUUAUUGCCAAACCCGCCAAAAGAACAUAGGAUCCCCAAGUAUGUCUGCUGUAUUAAUGGGCAGUUUUGCAUGUUUUAGCCUAUUUAUUACAUAUCAUCUAUAUGUUAUAUUAUUGCUGACCUUUUUCCAAAGUACAAGUGUUUUAGAUAUUAUUUUUAAAGAUAAUAUUUUGAGGGCAAGGAGAGGGGAGAUGAGCUGCAGCUAAAGUUUUCAACCAGGUCGGGGGACGUUGUAUCAUAUGCGUCCCAGACUCCUCAACAUUUUUUGCAUCUUUGAAUGCAUUUUCUCUGGCGUCAUCAUCAGUCCGUCACACUGAAUUAAAACCUACUUGUGUUAUUGUUGAACUUAUGUUAUUUUUACACUGUAACGAAGUUGACAGUGUUCAUUGAGUGCUCUGAAUUAUUGCACAAUACUACAGUUUAAACAGUAAAAAGUAGACGUCAUUUAGUAGUGUAUAGUGUAUUAUUGUCUGUCUCAAGCAGGUUUCAUGUCUCAGCAGGAUUUUAAAGCACAGACCAUUUUAAUUUGGAAUUGUGCUGUUAGAAACUUCAGUCACUUUCCAACAAGUUUUGGGGGACAGCUUCUGAAAUCAAAUGUGCAGUAAGAGAUUAUACAAAGUUGUUCAAAUAAGACUGAGAACAGCUUAAGACAUAUUUUUGGUUUGGUCUGUUAUAUCAUUUUUUAGCAUUUCUGCAGAACAUGCUCGACUUUGGGGAUAGGAGUUGUCAUCUGGUAGCUUGACUCCUGUUGUUUCAUCACUUAUAUAGGACAACACUAACCUAUCUUUAUACCUAUACUGCCGUAGGAAAUAAAACCUGAAACAAGGUUUUAAAAUGUGAAAGUGUGAAUCAGUCUUUAUUUAGAGAAAUGUAAAAUAAAAAAUAGAAAUACAUUAAAGAAAAUAAUUGAACACUUUGGAAAAUGGUUCACGCUGAAGAAAGUAUAUGUGAUUCUUAGUCAAUGGGCUAAAACUUGCAAAAGCUCUGGUAUGAUCCUCUUAUGUCUGAUAUUGCCAAGAUGACCACAAACCAAAGACAAUGGACUGAAUCAUCAAAUGCUGGUACUUCCCAUAUCAACCUGUGAUCACACAGAAUGGAACAGAUUACUCAAAGACACAUUUGUAGCCGUCAGACAAUGACCAGGAGGAGAAUCAGUGGGUUUGCUGUCAUUUGUUCAAGAUAAAGUGUUAAUAUAUGUUGUUGCUGGGCUUCAGGUCUGGUUAGUGUUGAAUGUUACAAAGAAAAAAAAAAAAGUAUGUUGUUUAAAAUGAAAUAGGUCUGCACUAAGCGUAUUUCUGGGGUCUGGUUAAUCUGAGAACGGAUGAUAAUAUGUACCAAACUUUGCCCCCAUCAUACACAGCAUGUGUAAAUUAACAGACCUUUCAAGAGGCUUCUAUGCACUACUUACGCCUGGAACUCCACUGUUUGUACAAUUAAUAAUAAAAGCAAUACAAACUG